GGCACCCAGUCAAAUGUCGGUCGGUAUUUGUGUCUGCGGGCCACGCGAGCACGAGCGUGACUCUGACAUGCAAACGCCAGGCGCAGAUUUUUACCAUCAGAGCGGUCACGGUAUUUUCCCAGUCGACAUGGUGGACACCCAGCAGCUCCUGGCUUGGCCUGUGGGUUUCAGUCUGAGCGCCGUGGACCUCUCGGAGCUGGACGACAGCUCCCACUCUCUCGACAUGAAGCACUUGUCCACGUUGGACUACACCUCCAUCUCCUCCGCCUCCGUCCCGUCCUCUCUGUCUCCCCAGCUCAUGUCCUCCAUCUCUUCCGUCGGCGUGGCCUAUGACCCCAGUCCGCCGCAGAGCGAAGAACACCUGACGAACAUGGAUUACACCAACAUGCACAGCUACAGGACAGAGCCGAACGUGCACAAUUCAAUCAAGAUGGAGCCAGAGUCACCACCUCAGUACUCGGACAGUCCCGUGUUUUCCAAGCUCCAGGACGACACGUCGACGGCAUCGCUAAAUAUCGAGUGCCGCGUUUGCGGUGACAAAGCCUCAGGGUUUCACUAUGGCGUCCAUGCCUGUGAGGGCUGCAAGGGUUUCUUCAGACGCACUAUCAGGUUAAAGUUGGUGUACGAUCACUGUGAUCUCCACUGUCGCAUUCACAAGAAGUCCCGCAACAAAUGCCAAUACUGUCGCUUCCAGAAGUGCCUUAAUGUCGGCAUGUCACACAACGCUAUUCGUUUUGGCCGGAUGCCUCAGGCAGAGAAGGAGAAGCUUCUGGCGGAGUUCUCGUCUGACAUGGAGCACAUGCACCCGGAGGCAGCAGAUCUGAGGGCCUUGGCCCGCCAUCUGUACGAGGCCUAUCUGAAAUACUUCCCCCUCACCAAGGCCAAGGCUAGAGCCAUCCUCUCUGGGAAGACCGGAGACAAUGCGCCUUUUGUCAUCCAUGACAUGAAGUCUCUAAUGGAAGGAGAGCAGUUCAUUAAUUGCAGGCAGAUGCCCAUCCAGGAGCAGCAGGCCUCUGUCCUCACAGCCGCACACGGAGGCCUCACAGAAGUUCACAUGGGGUCAGAUUAUAGCGUCUGGGGAAUGACGAGCAUCAGCGGACAGGAGCCACAGAACGCUUUGGAGCUACGUUUCUUCCAAAGCUGUCAGUCACGCUCUGCUGAAGCAGUGAGGGAAGUGACAGAGUUUGCCAAGAGUAUCCCAGGAUUCACUGAUCUGGAUCUAAACGAUCAGGUGACUCUGCUGAAGUAUGGUGUGAUAGAGGUCUUGAUUAUCAUGAUGUCACCUCUGAUGAACAAAGACGGGACCCUGAUCUCCUACGGACAGAUCUUCAUGACGCGGGAGUUCCUCAAGAGUCUCAGGAAACCUUUCUGUCAAAUGAUGGAACCAAAGUUCGAGUUCUCCGUUAAAUUCAACACGCUCGAGCUGGACGACAGUGACAUGGCGCUGUUUCUGGUUGUCAUUAUCCUCAGCGGGGACCGUCCAGGCCUUCUGAAUGUGAAACCCAUCGAGCAGCUUCAGGAGACCGUGCUUCAUUCCCUCGAGUUGCAGCUGAAGCUGAACCACCCGGACUCUCUGCAGCUGUUCGCCAAGCUGCUCCAGAAGAUGACCGACCUGCGGCAGAUCGUCACGGACCACGUGCACCUCAUCCAGCUGCUGAAGAAGACCGAGGUGGACAUGUGCUUACACCCGCUGCUGCAGGAGAUCAUGAAGGACUUGUAUUAGAGUUUAACUGAAGAAAAGGACAAAAAAAGUGGGAAGAAAAACAAAAGAGAAAUUUGUAUUUUAAAAAUCACAAGCUGAGAUGAAGCACUGUGUGCUCUUUGUGUGUUUAACACGACGGAGGCAGCCAGUCAGAUGGGCUGACGGAGGGAAAUUGAGAAAGGGAUGUGGGAAGAACAGGGGAUGAGAAAUCAAGGAAAGAAAGACAGAAUGUGAAUGUCAGAUCUUGUCUAGACAGCAACAUGUGAAUAACUUGCGGCACACAGUCAUUUAGCUGCUGCUGAGCCUGGAUAUUUCAUUAUGAGUAGACUGCCAACUUAAAUACAAAACUACCACCUAUUGCACCAAUCAGGAUGAGCGUCGGUUGGUAACUGAGCGAGUGGGGACUUUCUUAUUGGCAGGCUCAGGCACAGGAUCAUGAAUGUUCGACACAGCCUGUUGCGAGGGCCUUAAGGAGAAAUGUAUCACUGUGAAUAUUGUAAACCUUGCGUCACACAGUACAGUAUCUGUCAUUCAUGUGCAGCUUACAUGUUGCAUUUUAACCAUCAUAGGCAGCAGCAGUGUAUACGUGCUUCAGUACCUCUGAUGCAGGAAUGCAUCACACACACACACACACACAAACAAUGCACAGACAUUUUCUAUUUUAGCAUCAGGGUGAAGGUGCUAUCUCUUUUUGAUCAGCUCUAUCCAAAGACAUAUCAGAUUAUUGCCUGUAUUAUAUUUUAAUCUGGGUCACCUGCAGAAACUGUGAGAAAGUGUUUAGGACAACAAAGGGCACGUUGCCACUAUGAGGUCCACUCUUGAAAUAUGCAUACGCCACAUUGUGCCUUUAAAGGAGACAUAUUGUGCUUUUUCAGUUUUUCUUUCCCUGAGUCAGUUAAGUCCACGGUAAAGCCAGUUCCUCUCGUGGCCUUCUCAGCUGCCGUAGUCGCAACGUCUGCAUGCAAACCUUUUCAAGUAGUAACCCAAAUUAAAAUUAUGAAUCUGAAUAUGAGCAGAAUAUGUCUCCUAUGUUGUGAAAUGAAAGCCAUAUAGAAAUUAUCAUAUAUAUUAUACAUAUAUAAUGUAUAAUGUAUAUUCACUUGUAUUAUUUUCAUACAGUUGUGUGUCAAGCACUAUUGGCUUUAAGCCUUAGUUCUAUUUCAAAUUCUACAACUUGUUGAGUUAUAAUUUUUACAAUGAAAUGAUGUUGUAUCUCCACAAAGUGCCUUCUAUGUUAAUACAACUGAAAAAGAAAUUUGUUGUAAAUAAAAUAUUUUCUAACUUUUUAUUUGAAA